AUGUUGGAUCAAACUAUUUGGGAAGGUACCAAAAAAAAUAUGACGCAGAAUAACCGUGAUAAGCCCACAUUCGACUAUCAUGAGGAAACACAUGGCGAGAAAUUGUUGCGCAAAGCUAAAGAAUCUCCGUUUAUGAUUAUUGCGCUGACGGGUCUCGCAACAGCUGUCGGUUUUGGUGCCUACACAUACAGAAAGCGCGGUGCAAUGAGCACCAGUGUCUUCCUCAUGCAGUUCCGCGUCAUCUCACAAGGCAUCGCCGUGGGAGCCCUGACUGCGGGCAUGGCGUAUACUCUCUACAACAAUCAUUUUAACAAACCAGCAGCAGUGCCGAAGUCAAACGAACACUAG